AUGGACGCGCAAUCCUACAUCGAAGAGCAAAUACCGCUCCUGAAAUCACUCCACGCCCAGCUCGCUUUACCCCCAACAGUGCUCGCAGAGGACCAGGCACGGAUCGACGCGGCUGUCCGCAACGCAAUCGUCUCGGUCGUCCGGUCACGAGAGGACGAAGUGGCUGUAUGGGAGGCAAGGAUUGCCGACGGGAAGCGCGUGUUGUCUUCUCUGGCGCGCGCGCUGGGGGAUCGCGGGAGGAGCGUCGCGGCUGCUGUCCGGCGCGAGAGCGAGCAAGGAGAGCCAUUGCCAAAGCAGCACGAACGUAUCAUCAAGCAGGCUGAUGAGCUGGAAAUCGUCUAUGAAGAACGGCUGGAGAAGAUUGAAAAACUCCGCGAGACACUGAGCGAGUUGUCGAUCCUUCUCGGACCCGGAUUCGAGUCCCCCGCCCCGCUCCAACCAGUACCGGGCAGCGCGCCUGUGACUGCAGCUCCAUCCAGGGUGGCGUCUAGGCAGAGCUUGGGAGCUGCGGCCGCCCUUGCGGCUCAACCGGCCCUUCUCGCGCCGACGACCAACACGAACAAGCGGACCUCGGGUCGCCGGGCCAGCAAUGUGACAGGCACCGAACUGCGCAACGAGUGCUGGCUUGACGUGUCGGAGGACGUUUUGGCUACAACACAGGCCGCUCUGGAUCGCGCAUUGGCUGAGAGGGACGUGCGGUUACGCAACCUCGAGACCAACUUCAACGACCUUAUCUGGUACCAUGCCGAGCUCGUCAUGCCACCACUGGGACUCGGGCAGUUCCCUGAACACCUUUUGCCACCGCGCGAAGACGAAGAAACACCGGGCGCGCACGAGCGAUACGAGCGCGCGCUAGAUCGAAUCAUGACGAGAAAUCCUGUCCCAAGCGGCGAGGAAGACGGCGUCGAGAUUCAAGGCAUGGACGGCAUUGAGCCGGAGAUCGGUCUCACCAACUGGGCCGACACGCUUCUCGAGAUUUGGAUCGCGGAGAAGGAUCGCAGGGACGACGAAAUCCAGCAACUGUAUGAGAAAAUCGAGCCGCUGUGGACACGGCUGGAAGUGCCCAAGGAUGUGAUCGACUUGUUUAUCGAGAGCAACCGGGGGAGCGGCGAGUCGACGAUCCGGGCGUACGAGGAAGAACUCGAGCGCGUCCUCGGGAUCCGCCGCACGUCUCUCUCAUCAUUCGUCCUUGGCGUCCGCAGAGAGAUCGAAAUGCUGCAGGACAGCCUGAUGAUGAGCGACGACGAGAAGUGCGAGUUUGGCGGGUUCAUUGACGACGAAUACACAGAAGAGUUGCUCAAGGAACACGAGGACGAGGCGGCGAGACUGCGGGCAAGAGUAGAAGUCAUGGGGCCGCUGCUCCACCGCGUCAAGGAGUGGCUCGUACUCAAAGCGAACGAGGAGGAGCUCGAGGCCAAUGCCAAUGACCCGAACCGAUUUAAGAAGCGCGGCAAGGCCAUGUUAGAAGAGGCCAAGAUGCGCACACGGGUUGAGAAGCUCAAGCCGAAGAUCGAAGCAGAGCUGCUCAAGGCCGUUCCGGUGUGGGAGGCCGAGCACGGGCAACCGUUCCUCGCUGCCGGAGAGCGCGUUGUCGACACAAUUGAGAAUGCCCUGGCUGCGAAGGAGGCGGCAAAGGAGGCAAAGAAGCGCGCAAAGAUGGGGAUGGGCGCGGCACCUGCGCUUCCACGCGGCGCGACGCCUGCUCCGGGGCAGCGUGCUGGCGCAGCACCGUCAACAUCUCGGAAACGCACAGCACCCACACCAGCAGGUGCAGGUGCCAAGCGGCCACGCGUUGUGUCUGGAGGAUCAGUCGCGUCCAUGGCGUCCACAUCAACAACAGCGAGCAGAUUGCCCAACGGCCGGAGAUUGAUCCCCGCAACACCGACCCCUGCUGGUGGCUCCGGCUCCAACAUGCGCCGCUUUGGCCAGCCUGCGUUAUCUGCACGCGCCAACGCGCCUGUGCACGCCACACCCGACGUCUUCAACCCUGCACCACAACCGCAGCGUCCACGCUUGCCUGGCGGCCUGCCAUCGGGCGACGAGCGCAAGGCGCGACGGCAGAGCUUCAAGCCGCGUCAGUCGAUUGCCAACGGGCUGCUGGCCAACCGGGGGUUAAUGGGUGUUGCCGAGGCGACCGACGAGAUGGAGUAUGACGACUACUUUUGAAUGUGUAGAGAAAUUUGUAUACUAGUAACGUGCCGCGCCGCGACGACGCGCCUGCAAACUGCAAAUGCAACAACAAACAGUCUG